AGUCAAGGAAAUCACAGAGUCUCAACCGGACGUGACAGUCUGACAUGGUUGAUAUAAAAUUGGUUAUGUAAUGUCAAAGCAGUGAUACAAUUUUGGACACUUUAAAAGUAGUAAUAAGUUGUAGAGUCACUGCCAUGUAUUAACCCUGGCACACCUCAUAACCUCGUCCUAGUCUUGUUCCUUCCCAUGAGCCAACCACCAAGCACACCCCGAGCAGGUCCCAGUAACAUAAGUGGCGACAAAUCAAACACCUCACCACUCCCAAUACCACCCCUCGCACGUUCCCAAUCACACCAUUCUACCGCCUCAAAGGCUUCGAAGCCUAUCUCUCGCACUAGUUCACAACCUCCGACAAACCGUGAAGUUCUACAGCUCCUCGCAGAUGCAGAAUCUGCCGUGCGCGAUCUCCGCGCCGACGUCUCUCUCUUAAAUUCACAACUUGCAUUCGAGCAGGACCGUGCUGAUAAUGCAGAGCUCAAAGCAAAGGAAGCAUGCCUACGGUUCAAAGAGGCCAACGAUACGCGCAUAGUCUCUCAAAGCGAGAUUGUACGUCUGACAGAGGAGCUAAGGCUAUACAAAGACGCUCUCGAACAAGCACAGAAGGAGAUUUUCCGUGCGCAGGGCGUGAUGAAGGAUGUCGAAGACAGGAGGAGGGAAGCAGAGGAGAGCGCUGCAAAGUCAAGGACUAGGUUGCGCAAAUUGAUGGAGGAGAAGAUGAUUGAAGUCGCUCGUGAGGAGGGCCGUAAACAGGGUCUCCAGGAAGGAUUGGAGAUGGGGAAGGAUAUGGGGUACGUGCAUGGGCGGACAAAGGGUUAUGCACAAGGUCGAGUAACAGCAGAUCGUGUCCUCGACCGCUACUUUGCUGCCCCCAGUGACGAUGAAGGUAGCGAUUCGAGAGGUGGCUCUGUUGAGGCGCAGAAUACCCCGCGAUUCAGACCAGAACCGGUAUCGCGCACUUCCAGCGAACAAUCACGUCCUCUUACGCCUACACGUCCUCGCACGCCUACACGCCCCCGCGCUCAACAUCAACCACAAUCACAGCAACAGCAACGUCCACCCCAGACCUCAUCUGCGCGCAGUACCAUGUUCUCCCCUGCCAACGCGAUGGACGACAUUCCUUUAGAUGGUUGGAUUCCAGAAGCUGAUUCUUCUCUCAUUAUCCGCUUGCCACCUCCACAUGAGUUUCAGCGCUCGCGUCGUACGCCCUCGCCCAUUUGUUCAAGUCCUGACACACCUUUGCGCUCCCUACCCCAAGAUCCUGUACUUAUGGUACCAGAGCCUCGAUCUCCUGGCGCGCCGUUAUAUUCGGUCCCUGCUUCUGACUCUCGUAACCAACGAACGGUACGUCGGAGAGCUUCGGCUACGGAAAGUGUGGCCUCUACGAGGACGUCAGAACUAGAGCUGCUUAGUCCUCCGGAGCACCAUCAAUCUAGCGGGCUGAGUGUCAUUCCCGAGGUUACGAGCGUACGUGAGCAGAGUAGUACACCUAGUAGCCGGAGCAUGAGAGCGAGUGUAGAAGAAGAAGCAGACGAGGUGUGUUUUACUCGACAAAACUCAUUUGUGGCGUGCGUGCUGAUCGAGUUGCAGGCUGGCUUCGUACAUGUUUCUAUGCCAGCCCCGCGUUCGUCUAGAGAACAGAUUCGGCUGCAGAAAGCACCGUCUGCUAUAUCAGUAGCUAGAUCACCAGCACAACAAUCAACGCGUCCCAUUAGUUCAUCAUCAUCUGGUACCGUUAACAUCACGAUCCAACCGCCGUCACGUCCCGCAUCCAACAUGUCGCAGGUAACACCGUCUGGGCAGCGCCCGUACUUCCUCAGUCCCGCAGACGCCGACCGCCCAUUACCACCACCACCACCAUCGUCGUAUUCCCCAUCACCAGCACACGUGACACCGUCGAUGGUGCCUAUACCGCCUACAGGUAGCACGAUGUAUUCAAGCUUACCUUCAGGCCUCCCACCCGGGUUCGUACCCACCGGCCCACCAACUCCGCGUCCAUACACACCAAGCAGCAGCCUGGCAGCACCUGGCAGCUCCUCCCAACACGGUCACCACCAAUACAGCGGACCCACCAACCACCAAUACGCCAGCAACACGAUCGUAGUCCCGUGCAGUCCCAAAACGAUACACGACGACCCGAACGAACCAGUAGUGAUCCCCCCUCCAUCUCAGAAGUUUGGGCCUGAGUCGGAUGACGACUCCAGUGAUACUAGUAGUGAUGCGGGGUUGCAGACGCCGAAGAGGAAGUAUAGGGCUGCGGGGAGUGCGGCGAGUUUGUAUACUGCUACUGCUCCUGGGAGUGGGACGAGGUAUUCUGUGGGGAUGGCUUUGAAUGGGAGUGCGGGUGGGACGCCGAGGGUGGGGUCGUAUGGACGGAGUGGGAGUGUUGGUGGUGGUGGAGGGGAGGGGUAUGUGAGGAGUGGAGGGGAGGGGUAUGUGAGGGGUGGAGGGGAGGGAUACGCGAGUAUGAGUGCCGGUGGUAGUGGGUUUGGGAGGAUGGCGUAUGUUAGUGAACAGGGGAGUGUGAGGGGGUGAUAUUCACGAUUUAUGAUACAAUGAUUUACGAGUUUGAAUUUACGAUAAAGGUGCUGGCUCCUUCUUAUAUGGAUUAGUAUGACAUGCGUUAUAAAUACUCUAUCUGUUGUCUUUAUGGAAUACAAGGUUAGACUGU